AAUCAACCAAGAACCAAACGGCAAUGUAUUGUUCCUUUUUAUACUCCGUAGUUACGUCAUCAUUAUUCCGUAGGUACGUCAUCAAAACAAGCCAGAGUCGGUCGGAUCGCAUUGACACAAUUCUGACCUUCACUUGGACAGUUACCCAAUAAAGAAUUUGUAAGCUUUAGCAGGAUGUCUGUAAAACAGGCUUCAGUCCAUGCUAAAUGGAUCAUCGGCAGAGUGAUCGGGACCAAGAUGCAGAAGACAGCAAAAGUUAGAGUCACCAGACUGGUUCUGGACCCGUACCUGCUCAAGUACUACAACAAGAGAAAGACCUACUUCGCCCACGAUGCCUUGCAGCAGUGCACCGUGGGAGAUAUAGUCCUUCUGAAGGCCCUUGCUGAGCGCAGGUCGAGACAUGUGAAACAUGAACUGGCGGAGAUUGUCUACAAGGUGGGCAACGUGGUGGACCCCCUGACAGGGAAGAGGGUGGCGGGGAGCGAGUUUCUAGAGUGCCUCACUGACCCCCCACACAGUCUGGAGCAGGAGUGUCCGACGCUAACAGAGAAAUUACAGGAACUCAACAUCUCUGCUGCUACCUCUUCAGGUGCAACCUUGGUCUCGUCAUCCACAACCACACCUUGACUUUGCAUCAUUAUUUGAUUGGGGUGAUUUGUAUUUUGUAUAUCUAUGUUGUUGUUUUUCUAACUCAAAGUGCUUGACGUUGUAUGGGGGUGUAACUAAUCACCAAUUCCACCUGCUGUUAUUUUAUGUUUUUGUUUGUUAUUGAUUAUGUUGUCUUGGUUUAAUGCAAUUCUGCAAUCAAGUCUAAAAUGUUUCCAUCUUUAAAUUCAAGGUGAAUUCAAUAGAUUUUUUUUAGGUGUUGCAUAGUUCAGCUGUUUUGAAUUCAGGUUGUGUAAAUCUAUCAACCACAUCCAAUGCCAUACAAUUAUAUUUUAUCAUCAAAUAAAAAGACCCCAAUGGGAAAGUCAUUUCCCCUUGCAUUUGUUCCCCCACAUAA